GUUUUCUUUAUGUUUUGGAGCGGCAUGAUGCGGAUGUUAGCUGUCAACUGUGGCAACCACUACAAAAAAUGUAAAAAUAUGAGUUUUUAAGCUGCUUUCUGGUACAUGGCUGCAGAGGAAGCCGGAGGGGUCGGCCGGACUCCGGCCUGUCUGUGUGUCUUCUGCGGUCUACCUGCUGCUGGGAAGUCCACGUUGGCCCGCAGAGUCCUCAGCACCGCUGCACAGCACGGAUGGAGAGCCAGCGUUGUGUCGUAUGAUGACCUGAUCCCUGAGCAUGCUUUUCAGACCAGAGUGGUGAAGGACUGUGUUGAACUGCAAGAAAAACACACUGAAUGGAAGCUACACCGACAAGCAGUUUUGCGGUGCAUCGAGCAGUUCUUGGAGAAACCUCAAGUUUUGGCAGAGCUGGCGAGCAGCCGUCAGAUCAACAGGGCUGCAUGGGAACAAUGCAUUCUACCUCUGCUGCAGCCUGAAGCUUUGGACCGCUCUCAGGCUGACCGGGCACCACUGCUCUUUCUACUGGAUGACAACUUCUACUAUCCAAGCAUGAGAUAUGAAGUGUACCAACUUGCAAGAAAGUAUUCCCUGGGUUUCUGCCAAGUGUAUCUGCAGUGUGAUUUGGAGUCCUGCAUCAGCAGAAACCAGAGCAGGUCCGAACCCAUUCCCACUGAGGUGGUCUUGGAGAUGGUGAAGCGUUUGGAGUCUCCAAAUCCACAGAAGAACUCAUGGGAGACGAACAGCAUUUCACUCAACACCACAGACGAUUUUUCCGAAUGUGACAUCCAGAGGGUGAAGGAGUUGAUCUCCUCGGCACUGAGCAACCCGCUGUGCCCGACUGAAGACAACACAGAAAAAAAGGAUGCAGACCGCCUGAAAUGCGCCUCUAGUGUGGUUCACCAGACUGACCAGGCCUGUCGACGCCAUAUAUCUGAAGCUAUGAAGACUGCCAGAGAGAAUCAAGUAUCCCCUGAGCACAUGAGGUCUUUGGCUGCUCAGCUGAAUGAAUCCAAAGCAGAGUUUCUUCACAACCUGCGGAGACAGUUGCUCCAGGAAGCGUCUUUCACCCAAGAAGAGGACAUCAAUGUGGUCAAAAGAGCAGUUGACGUUUUUGAUCACGAGAAAAAGGAAAUCCUGUUGAGAAUCAUAAAUGCUAAUAAAUGACUUGAAUCUUUUCUUGAAUUUUCACAAAGGAAGAUUUAAUCGCAUCAAAAAGCCACAAGAGAAUGCAAGACACUUUGUAUUCAAUUAAAUAAAAUGUACUUUUGCUGGUCGUUGUGGCACUAAGUGAAUAAAAAGUUUUGCUUUUUUA